AUGGAAGCAUACCUCUCAGCACCUUCACGACCGAGUGUGACGCUUUCUGAAUUCUCUGGUCGCCGGGUUUGCCAGACGAAACGGAACGAUUCUCUUCUGGGCGCUCGGGGGAGGUUUGCACCGGGCACGUGGGAGCGCGUAGUGCUCGGGCGUCGCGGUGGUUCCCGUACAGUCAGUCGUUUGCCUCAAGUGCGUGCAACAGCUACUGCUGGGGUAUCGCUAGUGAAGCCAAAGCAGACGGGGAACGCGUUCGCUGACCUCUGCAUCAACAGCAUUCGUUUCCUGGCUGUCGACGCCGUAGAGAAGGCGAACUCUGGACACCCUGGAGCGCCCAUGGGUCAGGCCCCGCUCGCGUUUACUCUUUGGGACAAGUAUCUGCGCUUUAACCCCAAGAAUCCGAACUGGGUCAAUCGCGAUCGUUUUGUGCUAAGCUGUGGUCAUGGGUCUAUGCUUCAGUAUGCUCUGCUUUACCUUUAUGGAUACGAUCAACCAACAAUGGACGAUAUCAAAACUUUCUGUGAAUUUGGUUCUUGCGCUACGAGUCACCCCGAGAACUUUCUUCUUCCUGGCGUUGAAGUGACCACAGGGCCUCUGGGCUCUGGCGUGGCACAGGCUGUUGGUCUCGCUAUCGCCGAAGCGCACCUCGGAGCAAUGUUCAACACCCCAGAGGAGAAGCUGAUUGACCAUUACACCUACUUCAUUAUGAGUGAUGGAUGCAUGCAAGAAGGAGUAGCUGCAGAGGCCGCAUCUUUGGCAGGCCAUUUGGGACUGGGGAAACUAAUCGGGUUUUUCGAUGAUAACAAGAUAACUUACGAUGGACCAACAGACCUUGCGUUUAGUGAGGAUGUCGUAUCUAGAUUCAAAUCGUAUAACUGGCAGGUAAUUAGCAUUGCAGAUGGAAACACAGACAUCGACAACAUCUCGAAAGCAAUCGAGGAGGCGCAAAAAGAUCUGACACGACCAUCACUAAUCAUAGUUCCGACAACAAUUGGUUUUGGCUCACCAAAACACGCGAACAAAAGGACAGCACAUGGAGAACCUUUCGGAUCUGACGAAGUCAAGGCAACGCGGGAGAAUCUUGGAUGGAAAUAUGCUCCUUUCGAGGUCCCAGAGGAGGUGCUGAAACAUUGUCGCCGCAAGAUCCAAGAGGGGGCACGUCUUGAACAGGAAUGGAAUGAGCUCUUGCAGCGGUACAAGAGUAAGCACCCAGAACAGGCUGCACUAUUCGAGCGGAUGGUGAUUCGCAAGGAGAAGAGCCCUGGUUGGGAAAAGGCCCUCAAGGAUUGUGCGGCAAAGACAGGCUCCAUGGCUACGAGGCAAGUCUCCGGCGCAAUGCUCAAUGCGCUCGCUGCGGUGAUGCCGGAGAUCAUCGGGGGAUCUGCAGACCUGGCCCCUUCGAACAACACGCUCCUGAAGGGCUUUGGCGAUUUCUCUCGUAACAACUACAAAGCCAAGAAUAUGCGCUUCGGUGUCCGCGAGGCAGCGAUGACUGCGAUCACCGCGGGCAUCAAGCUCCACAACACUGGACUGUUUCCCUACUGCGCGACUUUUCUGAUAUUCACCGAUUACGCCCGGGGCAUGCUCCGCCUUGCUGCCCUCUCCGAGGCGGGAAUCACGUUCAUUACAACGCACGACUCCGUCGCCUUAGGCGAGGAUGGCCCCACGCACCAGCCCAUCGAGCAUCUGGCUAGCCUGCGAGCUAUGCCGAAUGUGUACACGUUCCGUCCGUGCGAUGCGAACGAGUGCGCAGCUGGCUAUGCGCUCUCGAUCCGGCAUGAUGACAAAGUCGUUCUGUUGGCGCUCACGCGACAGAAGACGAACAAGCUCGAGACAUCCUCAUACGAUGGUGCCCUGCGCGGAGCGUACGUGGUUUCGGAUAAUAGCCCUGCGGGCAAGCACCCGGAUGUGAUCCUUAUCGGAACAGGCUCCGAGGUGGACGUCGUCGUGGAGGCCGCCGAUCAACUACGAACUAGCGAUGCUUUGAAUGUGCGCGUGGUGUCGAUGCCCUGCAUGGAGCUCUUUGAGGACCAGGAUGCAGCUUAUCAAGAGUCUGUGCUUCCUGCUGCCGUGCCUCGCAGCCGGAGGGUCGUAUGUGAGGCUGCCUCAAGCUUCGGCUGGUCGAAGUAUGCGGAUCACUUUGUGUGCAUCGAUCGCUUCGGAGCGUCCGGCAAAGGGCCUGACCUGAUGAAGUACUUUGGGAUCACGCCGUCGAACGUAGCGAAGAAGGCGCGAGAGGCUGCAGGAAAAGGCGUUUGA